AUGUCCGCUACAACUCACGCCACGGCCCCAUCGACGACUGCCUCCUCUACUAGGGCCGCUGCACAGGCCCCUACCGACGACGGCAAGUACUACCAGCCGUUCUACUCUGACCCCGUCAACCGGCCGACCGCACCCAUCCUCUGGGCGGCGCGCGACGCUUCGACCGAGUGGGGGCGUAUCUUUGCGGCUCAGGACUGGGACGCGAUUGACGAGGCAACUGUGAGCCUCGCUGUCUUUGACAAGGCGUACGAAUGGAAUCAGGCGCAGUGGGGGUGCCGCGGGUGGCAGACGCCAGCAGAGUGGCGGAAGGAGACGGACUCGUACGCGUCCAUUGCGUUUGUCCGUAUUCUUACAUUUUGCCGUGCAGCGCUCGACCUAUGCGCCGAGCCCCUCGUCGACGACGGCCCAGUCCGCGUCGCCUUGCUGGACGAGAUCCCGCCGCCGCCGGCCAUCCCGGGCGACCGCAUCGGCCGCCUGCUCGCCCAGUUCGACCCAGUGGUCCGGCACGCAGAGCAGCUGGCCGAGCCACUCGAGGGUGUUUCGGCAGUGUUCGUAUACGCCCCGCGCCGCGGUGCGUACGUCCUCGAAGAGGAAGCCGACGUCGACCCCGGCGUGUCCGACCUCACGUCCUAUGCGCAUGUCCCCGGUAGCCACGACGGCGACGCUGAUGGAUCACCUUGA